AAAAGCUAUUAUUUUAAUUACUCGCCGCUUUCCUUCCCGAUGCAGGGAGGUGCUUGCUGCUGAUUUGAGUCCGAAAGCAGAUAAGCCACAUGCUGCAUCCACAGACGGCCUUGGGACCCUUGCUAAAUGGAUUGGAAAACAAGAAAAAAUCAAGCAGCAAGAUACCCAGAGAGUUCCGUGCAAGUACACCUCAUGAUGCGCGCAUCCCCGCUAUAAGAGGGCCCUUUGCUCAAUCACUGAGCAGGCACGCACUCACUCACUCAAGAGCCACGCACGCGCACUGACAGACACAGUCAGAGGGAGAUCAGGGAAGAGAGGGGAGGGGAGGAGAGGAGGAAGAAGAAGAAGCAGCAGCAGCUGCAGCUGCAGGGCAGCAGGCAUGGAGCCUCAUCACGCAAACAAGCCAAGGCCAAAGCUCAGCGCGACGAAGCACUCCAAGUUCAUCUCCUGCAAGCUCUACAUUUCCGAAUCCCGCAACGCUACGGCCGUGGACGCAGUGGAGCGUGCGAGCAAGAGUGACCCCCAGGUGGUCGUCGUCAGCCAGUUCGGGGACCAUCACUACAACCGUUUCCGCUACACGCUUGUCUCCUACAUCGUCGUCGUCGACGGCGGCGGAUCGUCGGCGGCUGGAGAGGCGACAGUAGUACAUAGCCCGAUCAGGAAGGUGUUGCUGGCAAUGAUCGAGGCCGCGUUCUCAAGCAUAGACCUGGAAUCACAGUCGGGAGCGCAUCCGAGGAUCGGCGUAGUCGACGACCUGUCCUUCCACCCCGUGGGCCAAGCGACGAUCGAGGACGCCGCUUCUCUGGCUAGGCAGGUAGCGUCUGACAUUGCCUGCAUCGCAGCAGUCCCAGUGUUCCUGUACGCAGCAGCCCACCCGGCGGGGAAGUCGGUGGGCGCGGUCCGGCGUGAGCUCGGCUACUACCGCCCAAACUACAGGGGCAACCAGUGGUCAGGCAGCGUGCUCCCCAACGUCCUGCCGGUGAAGCCUGACGUCGGUCCGGCCCACGUCGUCUCGCACAAGAGAGGCGCUACGACGGUGGGUGUCACGCCUUGGAUCGAGAACUACAAUGUCCCCGUGCUGUGUAAGGACGUCGCCACCGUCAGGAGGAUCACCCGUGGUGUCACUGGACGGAGCGGAGGCCUUCCCACGGUGCAGGCUCUCGCGCUCUUCCAUGGAGAUGACUGCACCGAGAUUGCGUGCUUGCUGGAUCCAGAUCAUGCCAGCGCCUAUCAAGUUCAGACCGUCGUGGAACAGAUUGCAGGAGACCAGGGACUUGAGGUUGAGCAGGGAUACUACACUGACAUAACCAAGGACGAAGCGCUCGAUAAGUAUCUCAAGAUUGCUUGCGCUGACGACUGAUGAGCUUGUAGAAAUAAAUACAUGGGGUAAAUGUAAACUCAUGUUUGUAGCACUGAUGCUGCUGCUGGAGCAUUAUUUUUUUUGCCCGUGUAAAUUCAAAUUUGCAUCUGAAAACUUGAGUUUGGAUCUGAGCUCUUUUCAGAGAAGAAAACAAAUGCAUCAUCAGUUUUAUUC